AUGGAUAAUCAUACGUCUUCAUCAUCUCCAACAUCAUGUUUUCUUUUUGAAAAUGCAAAUGGUUCUAUUUAUCCGAGUGACUUGGCUUUAACCAUGAUUGAAGACCCAUCGUCUCCCUCAUCAUUAAAUUCCUCAACAAAUACAAAUGGAAGCUUAUCUCCAUCUUCAUCCCAUCAAUCACUUGGCCUAUCGUCGUCCAAUCAGAUGUCUUUUCCCUGUUGUGUAUUCCGUUGUCGACCGAAUUCGCAUCCGUUCCAAGAACGUUGCAUUCCACUGAAUGAACAAGUUAAAGUUGGUCGAGCUGUUGCUCGUCUUAAAGCUCUUCCAAACAAUGCAAUCUUUGAUUGUAAAGUUUUGUCACGUCAACAUGCCAAACUUUGGUAUGAAAAUGGAAAGUUCUUAUUACAAGAUACAAAAAGUUCAAAUGGUACAUUUGUUAACAAUCAAAGAUUGGGAAAAUGUAAUGAAGAGAGUUUACCCUUUGAAAUUUUUUCUGGUGAUGUUGUUCAAUUCGGUGUUGAUGUAACUGAAAAUAAUCGUAAAACAACUCAUAAUUGCAUUAUUAUCGAAGUCAAACUCUAUCAUAGUGACGGUAAUGAAGCGCUACCUCGAAGCCCUAUCGAUAGAUCAAUGAGUCAAAUAAAAGAUGUUGAUAUCAACACUCAAACUCUAUAUCAAUUAGCUCAAUAUAUUCAAGAAGCUAUGCAUCGUGAACAAAUGCUUGAACAAAAGUUAGAUUAUCUACAAGGUGUUAUACGUGAUACACAACAAGCAUCGAAUGAAGGUUGGCAAGCAAUCAUAGAUGAAGAUCGUCUUCUAGCACGCAUAAAUGCACUUGAAGAUCAAAUACGAAUUUAUCAUACUAAACAUCCAAAUGAAGACGUGCCCAUACAAGAAAUAAUCCAAUUAAAACAAACACACUGUAAAUUUGAAAAUGAAUCAAAAGAAAAAUUAGAAAAAGCGACACUUGAACGAGCAGAUGCUAUUAGUCGUAAUAAAUCUUUAGAAUGUUCAUUACAAAUGUCACAAGAUGAACUCAAACGAUUUGAAGAAUUAAAUGAACAACAUAAGCAAGAAAUUGAACAACUUGUACAAUCCCUUGAUGAACAACGUUCUCUGCUUGCUGAAUUCGAGCUUAAAUUUAGAGAUUCUCAAUCCCGCUGUAAUGAACUUGAAAAUGAACGGCAAAGAAUUCAAACUGAAUUUGAAAAUUAUUAUCAACGAAUACAUCAUUUAGAAGAACUACAACAACAACAACAACAACAGCAACAACAACAGCAAUCUCCAAUAAGUAGUAAUGGUGAUCAAAUCAAUCAGAAUGGUGUAAAUAAUAUUGAAACGCAUGGUCGAUUUCGUGUAGAAUCUUCAUUAGCAGACCCAUUUGUAAACGAUGAACAUAGAAAUAAUAUUCCAAUCGAGAUAAUUAAUGGUGAACCAGAACAAAUGAAUCCAUCAUUAAAUUCACCUGAAGAAUAUCAUGCUGAAGCACAACGUCAAACAAUCAUUCCACACCCUCAAAUUCAUAUUAAUUCACUAUUAAAUAAUAAUCAUAAAGAACACAAAGAAGAAGAAGAAGAAGAAGAAGAAGUUCAAUCAAAAGAACAAAGUUCUACUACUAAUAAUACUGAGCAACCUUUAUCAAUAACUUCUUCUGUAACGAAUGAUAUAUUUUCAGCAAACAAUAUGAAUGCUGAAGAUAACUUAGAAUUGCUUGAAGCCCAAAAACAAAUUCAUUUACUUCGUGAACAUUUAAAUGAAACGAAUGAACGGCUUGUUUCUAUGGAAGAUGCACAUCGAAAUGAACAAGAACGAUAUGUUUCACUGUCAUCUGAAUACGAAUCCAUACAUGAUGAACUUGUUCAAUUAAAACAAAGUUCAAUAAAAGAAAAGAAUGAUAAGAACGAAUUACUUGAAAAGCAACAAGUUGAACUUGAACAAUUAUCAAACUCUAUUGUGUCUAAACAGAGUGAAUACGAUCAAUUGCUUAAUACUAAAUUUUCUUUUUACUAUUUCUGUACUAAAGAAACACAAGAACCCUAA